GGGCCCCGGCGCUGGUGGGGUGAACCUCUAAAAGGGGCGGAAUCUAAGAGAAGGUCGUUGGCCGGUUCCGUCGUCCAGAGCGGCAGGGGUCGCUUGGGCGGAGUUGGGAGGAAACGCGCCUCCAUAUUGGCUGGGAAUAAAAAGGGCGGUGUUUAGCGCUGGGUUGGUCGGGUGGCGGGGAUCCAGGACGCCAGGGCCAGAGCUCAAAUUUCCCGGGCCGGGAGCGCGGGGCCUGCUGGGAAGGCGCCGGGUCGGUUGUGUAUCGGGCGGGCGGCGGCGGCCGCGGGGGGCUUCGCCAUGCAGAGCACAGACCUGGGCAACAAGGAGAGCGGCAAGUUGUGGCACCGCAAGCCCUCCCCGGCCGCUCGGGACGGAAUUAUAGUGAACAUCAUUCACAGCUCUUCUGAUUACCUUCCCAAAGUCUUGCGAUUUUUGAACGUGGCUUUUGAUAGCUCAGGUGAUUGCUUAAUUGCCGGGGACCAUCAAGGAAAUAUCUAUGUUUUUGACUUGUAUGGAAACAGGUUUAAUCUUGUUCAGCGAACGGCACAAGCUUGCACAGCUCUGGCCUUUAAUCUCCGUAGGAAGUCUGAGUUCCUUGUGGCGUUAGCUGAUUACUCUAUUAAAUGUUUCGAUUCAGUUACCAAGGAGCUAGUUAGCUGGAUGAGAGGACACGAAUCAUCAGUAUUUUCGAUCUCUGUGCACGCAUCAGGGAGAUAUGCCAUCACUACUUCUUCUGAUACGGCACAGCUGUGGGACUUGGACACCUUUCAGAGAAAAAGAAAGCUGAAUAUUCUACAGUCUGUGGGAAUACAGAAGGUUUUCUUUUUACCAUUAAGUAAUACCAUCCUCAGCUGUUUUAAAGAUAAUUCCAUCUUCGCCUGGGAAUGUGAUACUCUUUCUUGCAAAUAUCAACUGCCAGCUCCACCUGAAAGCUCUAGUAUAUUAUACAAAGUGUUUGCCGUGACCAGAGAUGGUCGAAUCCUGGCUGCUGGGGGUAAAUCAAAUCACCUUCACUUGUGGUGCUUGGAAGCUAAACAGCUAUUUAGAAUUAUUCAGAUGCCUACUAAAGUUCGAGCCAUUCGCCAUCUAGAAUUUCUUCCUGAUAGUUUUGAUGCUGGUUCUAAUCAGGUUCUUGGAGUGCUAAGUCAAGAUGGUAUCAUGAGAUUUGUUAAUAUACAGACUUGCAAACUUCUCUUUGAAAUCGGGAGCCUUGAUGAAGGAAUUAGCUCAUCAGUAAUUAGCCCACAUGGACGGUACAUUGCAUCCAUUAUGGAAAAUGGAAGUCUGAACAUAUAUUCAGUUCAAGCUCUAACACAAGAAAUAAAUAAGCCACCUCCUCCCUUAGUGAAAGUGAUUGAAGAUUUGCCUAAGAGUAAACUGAAUUCUGGUGGCCUUAAGAUGAAAGUCACAUCAGGAAGAGUUCAGCGGCCAGCAAAAUCAAGGGAAAACAAAAUACAAGCCAGAAUAUUAAAACAAGACCUGACUGGUAAUUUUGAAAAUAAAGAGAAUGAGGUGUCAGAUGGAUUAAACAAAAAGCGUUUACAAAUCUUAUUAAAAGGCUAUGGUGAAUAUCCAGCGAAAUACAGAAUGUUCAUUUGGCGCUCUCUGCUACAACUACCUGAAAAUCAUACUGCAUUUAGUAGCCUGGUGGAUAAAGGUGUUCACGUGGCAUUUCUCAACCUUCAGAAGAAAUACCCCAUCAAAAGUAGGAAACUACUCAGAGUAUUACAGAGAACGCUCUCCGCAUUAGCUCACUGGUCUGCCAUCUUUAGCGACACACCGUAUCUUCCACUCUUGGCAUUUCCGUUUGUAAAAUUAUUCCAGAACAACCAACUCAUCUGUUUUGAAGUUGUUGCUACUCUCAUAAUCAAUUGGUGUCAACACUGGUUUGAAUAUUUUCCUAAUCCUCCUAUCAAUAUUCUCAGUAUGAUAGAAAAUGUUCUGGCAUUUCACGACAAAGAACUACUGCAGCAUUUCAUAGAUCAUGAUAUAACUUCCCAGCUGUAUGCAUGGCCUCUUCUUGAAACCGUUUUUUCAGAAGUACUAACAAGAGAGGAGUGGCUAAAAUUAUUUGAUAAUAUCUUUUCCAACCAUCCUUCAUUCCUCCUGAUGACUGUCGUGGCUUACAACACAUGUUCCAGGGCUCCUCUGCUCAACUGCAGUCUCAGAGAUGAUUUUGAGUAUUUUUUUCAUCAUCGGAAUAACCUGGAUAUAAGUGUUGUGAUUAGAGAAGUUUAUCAUCUCAUGGAUACCACUCCUACCGAUAUUCAUCCGAACGGCAAGCUUGAUGCUUUUGUGGCGUUGACGAAAGGGCAAUAUCCAGUAUUUAACCAGUAUCCAAAGUUUAUUGUGGACUAUCAGACACAGGAGCGAGAACGAAUAAGGAAUGAUGAGUUGGACUUCUUAAGGGAGAGGCAGAUGGUUGAAGAUAUGCAAGCUGAAGUAGACCAGCAAAGAGUUGAAGAUGAAGCUUGGUACCAAAAACAAGAACUACUUCGUAAAGCUGAGGAGACAAGGAGAGAAAUGCUCUUACAGGAGGAGGAGAAGAUGGUACAGCAGAGACAGAGACUAGCUUCUGUGAAAAGAGAGCUGAGAGCGAAGGAAAUGCACUUACAAGAUGCUACAAGAAGGCGCUUUCUGAAGCUUCAGCAAGAUCAGUGUGAAAUGGAACUAAGAAGACUGAACGAUGAAAUCGAGAGAAAGGUACAUAUGAGAGAUCAAGAAAUUGCUACUACAGCGAAAGACCUAGAAAUGAGACAUCUGGAACUGGAAUCACAGAAAAGACUUUAUGAGAAGAAUCUUAUUAGAAAUCAGGAAGCUGUUGCAAAAGAAAUGAGAGAAGAUGCAGAUACCUAUAGACGAAAAGUGGAUCUUGAAGAACACAUGUUCCAUAAACUGAUAGAAGCAGGUCAAACUCAGAACCAAAAAACUCAGAAGUUAAUUGAAGAAAAUUUGGCAGAAGCUGAACAAGCAUGUCUAAAUGCCGACUGGCGAAUUCAAGCUUUACAUAAACAAAGAUGUGAUGAUCUACAGCGGAACGCAUGUUACCAGGAAGUGGCCAAACUCCUUCGGGAAAACAGAAGGAAAGAAACAGAAGUAUUGAAUGCAAUGGUGGGGGAGGGAGCUAAAAAGUGGGAAGAAGCUAAAGAAAAAGACUUUCAUCUGAAGUCAGAAAAGAAAGCUUCAGCUCUCUCAGAUGCAUCUCGAAAGUGGUUUCUGGAGAAAGAGCUAGAUGAUGCUUUAGAACAUGCUGAACAUCCGUAUAAUACAGUGCCCAGAUGCCAAAGUGGACAGGCUGCCUCAGGCUAUGUGCCUAGAACCUCACAAUUAAAGGACAGUUCUGAAGUGGAUUCCUCAACACACAUUUCUUUAAAUCGAAGAAGAGUACAAUGGGACACCAUGGAACAGGAUCUUAUGGAGAGAGUGAGAAAUCUUCGCCAGAGGCUCACGGCCCAGGCUCGUAACAGAUGCCGAACACCUCAUCUUUUGGCCACGUAGGAAGCUGGUCACCUUGAGGUGGAGAGAGAGAAACCUACUUGGCAAUCAGUGGCACUGAUUUUUACAUUAUUUAUUUUAUAUCCCUACAGAAAUCAACUUUUUGUAUAGAAAAAUGUAUGUAUAAAAAUUAUGUGGACUAUUUCAUUCUGAUGCUUUUGGGCUUGUAAAUGUCUUCUUGUACUUUUCAUAAUAAAAUUUGUGAAGCUAUUAAAGCUCGUAUUAGGAUCUUUCAGGUCACAAGGACCAGCAUAAACCUCUAACUUUAGUUGAUGAGAGUUU